GUGGUAGUGAGUGAGAGGCCCACAUCUCUUCGAGAAUGUGGCUGGCGAGGUGAGGGCGUGCUCCGACGCGCUCCGACGCGCUCACUGCGGGUAAAAAAGAAAAGGACACCCCACCUACCCCUGAAUACGUGCUCGCCACCCUCCAGUCUUUCCCUUUCUCGCUUUUGCGUGCACGCACCUAAACACGUCCGCCCCCCUGUCACUACUCUCGUCCCUCUCUGACCCACAGUCAGUCGCACACAUUUAUACACAUGCGGGUGGACGGCGGAUUCUGAAAUCUCCGCGAAGAUGGUGGUACCGGGGACGUUUUUUUAACUGUGCUUGGAUAGCUAACAUAACGCGUUACAGCGGUAUCCAUUGUGCCUCUUCUGGAAAGAAAGACCGGCGAAUGGCCAGACAACCGGGAAUAUAAGAACAUCUCAAAGGGAUAGAGAGGAUCGGACGGGAAGUGCGUUUAAAUAGCUAAACCAGCAAAUCCGCCUUGAAUAAAAUUGAAGUAUUUGGACAGAAGAAACAGACGUCUGCUUCUUCAUGCAAUCGUGUUAAAGUGGGGGAUCAAGGAGCCGCUUGUCUGUUCAGGGAGGACUCGGUGUCCGGGGGAUACGAGGAGGGGAGAAAGCUGGUAAUUAGCCCAUAUUCUCCACUUGCUAUUCGUCUGCGACUCAAUGGGAAGAAUAGUGGCGUGGGAAAAGUUUCCAUCAAACGAGCAAAGGAGGACGGAAAGGGGCAACAUACAACCAAGACUGGCUUCCGCCGUGGCCCUGUAUGGAUGGCAGACUGAAGUUUACUGACAAUUCAAUUGCCGGUCACUCGUGGAAUUAUGGGAGAAACCAGUGCCAGUUAUCAGGAAAUUAAAAUAAAUGUUAUGUUGACUUGACUGUUCUUGUAUAAUCAAAACGAUAUUUACUCAACACAGACUGAGCAUGGGCUGGAUCUAAUAAAGUAGGUAUUUGCGCGUGUAGGCCUACACUUGAUCUCCAAUUAAAUUGUAGGUCUACUACAUUUUGCAGCUCUUUGCUUUAUUCUGCCACCUUGUCCUCUUCAAAUUGCCCACUUCUAUCAGCGUGGAUCCCCGGGGAUUGGAGGCGCAGCUUUGGAAAUUCCGGAGAGGGACCUCAGGAAAGGACGGGGGUCCAUCCAUGGAAAUACUUAGAAUAGACCUUUUCCCAAUCACAGCAAGAGCAUGAGGGUAAAGAAGGAUAAUGGGCAUUAGACGUCAGUGUUUGUUUACUCUUUCUUGUUUAUGGGAAGACAUUUCCGCCUUAAAUAACCCAGCACAUGUCAAACAAUAGUUCCUUAACUGUGGCUUUUCUUGCGAUGCCUUUACAACGCCGGCGCGUGGGUUUAUUUGGGGAAUACGGGAUAAAGUUCUACACACACUAAGUGUUUGAAGUUUGAAAUUAUUAUUUUUCUCAUAUAUCACUGUAAAUUGGAAGCAAUUUCUGAAUGCAUUAUAGUCUACUUUCUUGAAAGCAUUACAUAAGUCGCUUUGGAUAAAAGCGUCAGCUAAAUGGCAUAUAUUAUUAUUAUAUUAUAACAUAUAAGAGAGGACAGGCAGGAGGCUACAGUUCUGUAGAGACAAAUAUAAAUGCAGACGGGAUCUAAAAUCGUUAGAGGAUUAUUUUGACAGUGCAUGUAGAAAGAAUGGCUAUGCAGACAGCCAAGUAGGGAGAGCAUGAAGGAAUUUGAUCCAGGUUUCAGUUGUCAUUAUCUGAAGAAUUUGUCCCAAUAUACCAGUAGUCUACAGUCGGCUAUUUAGUCAGGGGAGAGCCUUGUAAAUACUACUGAAAUGCUACUGAAUACUACUAAAGUAGUAUUACACAGCUAGGUUUCUACAGUCAACAUAAUUAUGUUAUGUCAGACUUCUCCCAAAAUAUUUUUCAAUGAGUCAAAAACAGUUGUCAGUACUUGGACUGGAACAGAAUGAACUGUGCUGACACAAGUCAAAACAGAGGGGAAGGUAUAGGAAUGCGAGUAUUGACGUCACGAGGGGCAAUAAUUAACAGAUCAAAAUUCAGUACAGGCUAACUGUCAGACUUUUUCUUUGGAGAUGUUUUCUGUUAGUGCAUAAUUUAUUUGUUCUAGUCUAGAGGGUACCACACUCAAUACAUUCAUAGCCUACAUUGCCUUGCUAAUAGCAAUUCGCUCUAUUGUUGUCGAAUUUCUGUUAGAUUAAAAAGCAACAUGGCAUCCCCCCAACAUCAGCAGCUGCUGCCUCACAACACAGAGGUGAGCUGUGACUCAAGCGGCGAGGGCAGCGUCUCCGUGAGGAUCAGCAGUAGUGUCAAACACAAACACGGAGGAGGAGCCGGGGCGCUGGGUGGCAUGGGAGGAGGCUUCAUGGGGAGUGGGUCCAAACACUGCAAGUACAGCAUCUCCUCUAGCUGCAGCUCGGGAGAGUCCGGGGUCCUCAGGCCCGUGGUUAAGGGGCUGCGAACCCAGAGGAAGAUGCCCCAGCUGUUCGAACGGUCUGCUGGGCACUUCUGGGACCCAAAGUUUGACUCUCCCAUCCUGGAGGAGGCAUGCAGGGAGAGGUGCUUUCCCCAGACCCAGCGGAGGUUUCGCUACGUCCUCUUCUACCUGUUCGCCGCCAGCCUCCUCUGGGGGGUGUACUUCAGUGCCAACCCCGACCGGUGUGACCGAACUGUCUUCCUCGUCCCCACCGCCUGCUUCCUCCUCUUCUGCCUCCUCCUCUUCCUUUUGACGUUCACAAGGAUCUACGUCCGCUGCUACAACCAGGCAUCGCUGCUGCUCAUCGUGGUGACCUUUGCCCUCACCCUGGCACCCCAGAUCCAGACAGCCGGCUUCAGGGACCUGGAGACCCUCCCUCCUGAAGAUGUGGUGGAGGAUACGGAGGACUUCAGUGGCAUGGAGCCCAGAAAUGUGACCUUCAACCGGGACUUACCCACGGGCAGUGCCUGCCUAUCUCCAGUAGGGACCUUCUCCCUGGGCAUGGAGGUGCUACUGCUACUCUACAGCGUCCUCCACGUCCGACUCUAUGCCUCGGUGCUACUGGGACUUCUCUACUCUGUGCUCUUUGAGGCUCUGGGAUGGCUUCACCUCACCCAGGCUGCUGGGGAUGGUUGGAGCCAGGCCUUGGAGGGGUCUGACUGGGACACUCUACGCUGGCUGGGGCCUGCCAAAGCUUUGCUCCACCUGUGCGCCCAUGCCAUCGGCAUCCACCUUUUCAUCAUGUCUGAGGUGCGAUCGCGAAGUACCUUCCUCAAGGUGGGACAGGCCAUCAUGCACGGCAAGGACCUGGAGGUGGAGAAGGCGCUGAAAGAACGCAUGAUCCACUCUGUGAUGCCUCGGAGGGUGGCCGACGACCUGAUGAAGCAGGGCGACGAGGAAGGCUUGGCGGGCGGGAACUCGGCCAAGCGCUACUCCAGCAGUGGCGCGGCGGCCGUCAUCUCCAGUCCCAAGAACAACAAGAGGAAUAAGACCUCAAUCCCGAGAGGCCAGAUCAUCUUCAGACCCUUCAACAUGAAGCGCAUGGAGCCCGUCAGCAUCCUCUUCGCGGAUAUCGUAGGCUUCACCAAGAUGUCUGCCAACAAGUCGGCCCACGCCUUGGUGGGGCUCCUCAAUGACCUCUUUGGACGUUUUGACCGGCUGUGUGAGCUGACGUGCUGUGAGAAGAUAAGCACCCUCGGGGACUGCUACUACUGUGUGGCAGGCUGCCCUGAGCCUCGGGCUGACCAUGCCUACUGCUGCGUAGAGAUGGGUCUGGGCAUGAUCCAAGCCAUCGAACAGUUCUGCCAGGAGAAGAGCGAGAUGGUUAACAUGAGGGUGGGCGUCCACACGGGCACUGUCCUGUGCGGUAUCCUCGGGAUGAAGCGAUUUAAGUUCGACGUGUGGUCCAACGACGUGAACCUGGCCAAUUUGAUGGAGCAACUGGGCGUGGCCGGGAAGGUGCACCUAUCAGAGGCCACCGCCAACUUUUUGGAUGACCGGUACCAGCGGGAGAACGGACGGGUCACUGAGAGGGUUGGACAGAGCGUGGUGGUGGACCAGCUGAAAGGUACGUGA